AUGGCAAAUUGCAAGCCUUUAUUGACCCCUAUGUCUACCUCCACUUCCGAUUCAGGGGUUGCAGCAUUUUCAGAUCCAACUCAAUAUCGAUCUAUAGUGGGUGCCCUACAGUAUGAUAUUCUUACUUGCCCAGAUGUUGCCUUCGCAAUCAACUGUGCUUGCCAGUUCCUGCAUGCCCCCACUGAAGAUCAUUGGAGUCUUGUUAAACGAAUACUUCGGUACUUGAAGGGUACCUCCACUCAUGGGUUAUUUUUUGAGCGUUUGUUAUCUACAACUUUACAAGCUUACACAGAUGCGGAUUGGGCCAGUAGUACCAUUGACCGCCGCUCCACCGGCGGGUCCCUUCACAUGUGA